UCAAACGAAAACCCUUUGACGCCAUGUUGCAUCUGAUUUCUGCCAUCAUUUGACAAAAAACGCCAACAGAAGGACGAAAACGGCUGAGGAAGAACAAGACCAAGGGAUACCACUCCAAGAAAGCGACCUAUAGGCGACAUACUACGCAACCAACGGGUGGAAAGAAGAAAAAUCGAUUAUCAUGCGGCUUUCGACGUAUAUGCUCUUUGCCGUCAUGGCAACCAUCCUGACUUUCUCCCACGCUUCGUAUUACGAAGACAACGACGCUCUGUUCCGAGAAAUGUUGGCCGAAAUGGAAGAAAAUGAAAGAGAAAAACAGUAUGGAGUUGAUGGCAGCUACGAUCCUUACGCAGCCUUCGAAGACGGAGACAAAUACGACGAUAGUUAUGGCCCAUUCGCUGAGGCCAACCUUAACCCGACAGUGUUGUACAACCCAGGGAUUGAGAAACCUGACAGCAAUGAUGAGUUGGCCGGAGAUGACCCGCGCAGCGCUGAUAUACGUGAUCAAGAAAAAGAAAACCAGAAUAUGCUUUGGGGAUAUCAAUACGUUUCAGGUGGUGCGGGAGAGGGAAAGCAGCACUUGGUGGGUAACAUUGAUAACUCGAUGAAGCAGGAAGUAAAGACAGACGCAGCUUUACCUGCAUAUUGCAACCCCCCAAACCCAUGCCCCAAAGGAAAGACAGCUGCAAAGGACAACUGCCAAGAAAACAUUCCCGAUACAGCCGCGUUUAACCAGCGUUAUAACAACUGGCAACAAAAGAGCGGGGCAUGCAAAUGCGACAACGAGCACAUGUUUAACUGCCCGGACGGCGCCACCGUCAGCAGCAAGAAGGCUUAUGGUGAUGACUAUGGCAGUGACGAGCUGGACAACUUGGUAAAAUCCUUGUUGGGUGAGAAUACAAAGACAAGGGACGAGGAGAGCAACCCGUUCAGCCAGGGCUCAAAGCGUGACUCACUGGUUCCCAAAAAGCAUCUGCACAAGAGAGAGGCUGAGAAAGUAAUGAAAGACCCCAUCAAGUUGCCAAACCCCAAUAUGAUUUUAACUGACAACAGUAACCUGAGAAUUGUAGCCAAGAAAUCACCUCCAUUAUAUUAAUUGAUAUAGAAA